AUGGAUGUGCUAGUACCGUACCUUGCAGAGGAUCAAGAGGCCCCAAAGAUUCUCGAUGAAAUCCAAACCAAAUCCAGACUCGACAACCUGAAUGACUAUUGGAAACGAGAUUUUGACAAUAUGGGUAGUAGCCAAAGUCUUCUUUCGACGAAACAUGAACACGAGCGGGCUACUGUUCCACAGCCCAAUCCUACAGUUCCAACGCGAACGAGAUUGCAGUCCAUGCACCGAAUCGCAAUCCAACACGGAAAAAGAGGAACUGCCUACGAACAUGUGCACCACUCGCAGGAUCGAUUGCCCAAUAAGACAAUCAUCACACAGCUGGAGGAUGAUGACACUCUCCCGCACGGCUCUGCUCGAGGUCGUUUAUGCUUGGAUCUUCAAUCGGUGGUGUGUACACAAGGAUCCGAUCUCACCUCUGUGGCCUUGACGGCGGCAGAAACCGAUCCCAAUCAUGUAUGUAUUCACCGACUUUUUUCCGGGUCUUGUCGAGAAGAGCGACCCAACCAAAGUGAACACGGGAACCUCCCAGCGACUUUGUCAUCUCUCAGAAAUGCUAUUGGCAUUACUAUCUUGUUGCGGGGGCGUUAUGUUCAUGCCGAACCUUCCACCUCCACCGAUUAG